CUUUCUCAUUGAGGCGUCUUUAUCUUGUUUUACCAGAUGUUGCUGAUGAAAUAGUUAACACUUAUCAUUGCAGUUCUGGGUUUCGUGGAGCAAUUUUAGCAGCUGUUACGCCUGGUAUCAACAUUAUACGGAUGUUGUGACUGCACGAUUUCUCAUUGAGCUUUAUUGUUUUAGUAUGAUUUGUAUCCUAUUCUUUCACUUUUUUAAAUUUACUUUUACUGGUUACGCAUGAUUGUUGCAGUGGUGAAGAACUCUGAUAUCGCAUUUUUUAAUCUACUGGGGAAUGUGGCAGUUUUGACUGAAGGAAAUCUUUCAGAACUAAUUUACAACUUUCUUUGCUUUCUUAGUAAAAAAAAUUGUGGCAUGGGAAGGCACACAUUCCUCGUGCAUCCCAAGUCCGAGGACUAUCGAAGCUGGCUGCUUAUUCGAUAUCUAUCAUGGAUGGAAAACGUGCUCUACGGUUAUAUAUCAUUCAUGGAUGGCAUAACAAUGGGCUUUGGAGUUGGCCUAUCUAGUCAUGGUCGCUACAUAGUGGUAACUGAGGGGAGAUUGUGCAUUUUGGUGCCGGGUACAUCACAGAUUCCUGUUAUAAAUUCCUCUGUAUAAAACAUGGUCUUCCUCUUAGUUCAGCUUGUAAGUGUCAUCAGUUUCAUUACAUGGCUGAAUGAUUUCUAUCAAAUCGAACUGUAUUACAUUUUCUUCUGUUGGAUCCAUAUGAUGUCACUUGCAACUGCUGCAUAUGUUAUAUGCGUAGUUGGGAUCAUCAUGAUGUACAUCUGGUAUGCGCUGGAACCGUCCUGCCUACUUAAUAUUUUCUUCAUCACGUGGACACUGGUACUCAUUCAGCUCAUGAUGAGCGUUUCCCUCCACCCUAAAGUAUGUUCUCG